CAGAGAAGCAAGAGAUUCGAUUAAACCUAAACUCUACCAGAGUACCGUCGAGAAAAAUCGAAAUCUGUCCUGAAACCGUAAGCUGAAACUGCAAACUUGAAACACGGCGGCUCCUCGGAACCGGAGGACGAAUCGCGGAGGUCGUUCCAGCGGGAAAGCGUCGCUCGCGCGGAAGCUCAACGCUCAUGCUCGGAUUUAUUGAUAUUUCAGGCGAAAGCUCGAGAGCAAAGGGGGAGCUCUCGCCGUCACGCCCGUGAGCUCAACAGUCUUGUCGGGGUGUACAGCUGAUCGCGAGAGCACAGACUCGCAAGAAGACGUCGCGAGGUCGAUGAGGAGAGACGGGCUUCCGGGCUUUCGACUUCCUAUCAUGAGCGAGUGACGACGGCUGGUGGUGGUCGGGCUGAUCGUUGGUGGAUCCUCCGCGAGUGAUCGCGUCUCGCGGUGAGAAUAUACAGCGAGAUAUCGGGCACCGAUCCGCCGGGAUGUCGCCGAGGUAACGGAAGAAACCUCUGGAGAGAGAACGAACACCACCACCACGGACGGUCCAUUUAGAUACUGCGCACCUCUGCCUCCUUUCCCUCGUCUUGCAUUCUGUCUUUCCGCGGAAAUCGAGAGAGCUCAGUUGGAGGAUCUAUCCGAGGAUUCGUCGUCCGCUUCGGAGAGUACAGAAGUCUUCCAGCGGUUACAAUGCGGCCAAAUAAUUUGCCAUGAGUUCCUGAGCAUCGUUUAAUAAAUCGUCGAGCUUCGUAAACGCCGGAUGUCAGUGGAAAUCAAAGUAUCGAUUCAUCAGAGCGACAGAUUGAAAGCUCCUGCGAUCGUCAGGACGCUCGAUAACCACGAGAGAUCCGAACAAUGGCCAGCGAAAGGAUAUCGGGACAGCACAGAACAUCGUUACCAGUUCCGGGCCACUCCGAAGUAAAUCUCUGCUCAGUGCUGUCGCUGGGCAAGGAUCUCAGCAAGAUCACCAUGCCAGUCAUCUUCAAUGAGCCGCUCUCCUUCCUGCAACGCGUUGCAGAAUACAUGGAAUAUGCUAAAUUGCUGAAGCUGGCGUCGCAAGAGGAGUCGCCGGUCUCGAGGCUUCAGUACGUUGCGGCUUUUGCUGUGAGUGCUCUCGCCUCGAACUGGGAACGUCUCGGAAAACCCUUCAAUCCAAUUUUAGGAGAGACAUACGAGCUGCAACGCGAGGACUUUCGAAUAAUAUGCGAGCAAGUAUCGCAUCAUCCUCCAGUUUCCGCAUUUUACGCCGACAAUGAAGAUUUCAUUUUUCAUGGCAGCAUCCACCCUAAAUUGAAAUUCUGGGGAAAAUCGAUAGAAGUGCACCCCAAGGGGGUUGUCACGGUAGAGUUACCCAAGUGGAAAGAGGCUUACACCUGGCAAAAUGUCAAUUGUAUCCUGCACAACGUGCUAGUGGGCCAAUUAUGGAUGGAACAAUUGGGUGCCUUGGAUAUCAGACAGUUCGGAGGAGACAAUCUGAAAGCUACGCUGGCGUUUAAAAGCGGCACGUGGAACGGCAAGGAUCUUCAUCGCGUCGAGGGCUUCAUAACGGAUCAGGAAAAAAGGAAGCUACUUUUCCUCUACGGCAAGUGGACCGAAAGACUACGAUCCUGCGAGCCCUUGUUCUACGAGGAAGCGCUGGAGAAAAUCAAGAGGGAGGCCAAAAGUCCGCAAGGCAGCCCGGGCCACAAGAAAGUCCUAGCGAAGCUCCACAGUCUCAAGGUCGGAGCUUUCAAGCCCUUGCAUCAGGACACGAUAGACGAGUCCUCGGCAAGUAUGGACGGUGAUGAGACGCCCGUCGUGGACGAGAUUCCAGGAUCCACCACACUGUGGGAAGCCACACCGAGGCCCAGCAACAGUUCGGACUACUUUCAAUUCACAACGUUUGCGAUGUCGCUAAACGAACUGGAUCCUGACAUGGAGAAGACUUUAUGCCCGACUGACUCCAGACUGAGGCCGGAUAUUCGAAAGUUGGAGAUGGGUGAUCAGGAUGGAGCUGCAGCUGAGAAAAUCAGACUCGAGGAGAAACAGAGGGACACCCGCAAGGCUCGCAAACAUAAGAAAGGACACGAGUAUGCUCCCAGAUGGUUCCAGUCCGGCACGAAUCCAUACACGGGCCAGGAAGACUGGCUAUAUCAGGGCGGAUAUUGGGACCGUAAUUAUUCCGACGUUGAUGACAUAUUUUAAUGAAGACAGAGCUCGUUAGCUUCCAUUAAAUGUCCGUUGGCCGUGUGAAUCGAUAAUAUCGAAACGCGUACGGACAGGUACGGACAUGGUUAGUGCAAAGUUAUAAAUAAAUCGCCUAAGGACAGGUGGGUAGAUCGUAAUAGGCGCCUCUAGAGGUCGAUGUCUCUAUGUAAAGUAAUUAAAAAAUGAAUCGUGCGAGAAUCUUCGGUGCGCAAAAGGGAGCCCGACGAGCCAGCGUGAGGAAAAGAUCUUCCGCGCGCGUUCUUCGGGUUCCCCUUUGCCGCUGUAAAUAAUCCACCUUCUCGCGCGGAACGAAUGAAUCAAAGAAAAUCGAUGGGGAACUCCCGUGAAACCGAGCCGCGGUGAUUGAAGAUCGGUUCGAUUAUCUCCGAUUCGUCUCGCUUCCCGCACAGCUCCGACACUAUUUUUAUAAAACGCCAAGUCGGGUGAUCGGAAAAAAGGCGAUUCUAUCAUAGCCUCCCCGUUUAAAGAGUUCGAUAGGAGUUUCCCGAAGAGGAAGGGAAGGUGCAAGUAGGAGGAGAUCGCGAGGCUUUAUUUUUCGCAUCUCAUUUCAGCUAAAUUUGACUUACCGACAGAAUGUGGCAACGCGUGACGCAUAUUUAUUAAAGCUCAUUUAAAUUUCAGGAGAGACAGAAGUAUCAUUAACUUCCAAUUAUUUUCUAAAUCAAUUUUAUCAAAAAAUUACUCGUCAUUCUCAUAAACAGCGAAUUCUACAAUUUUAAUUUAUAUUUGCAUGAUUUUCCAUUUCCGCUUGCAUUAUCGUUACAUCUUAUGCAUGCGACAAAUAUAAAAUCAAUUUGAAAUAUAAAUGAAAUUUUUGUUUUCCAUCAUUUUUUCUCGAUAAAUGGCCCGUAUGUAUUAAUAUGUAUCUAUUAGUGCGAUAGAAAAUGGAAUAGAAAACACGAAAAACUUAAUAUCAAAUGUAUCAAAUAAAAACAACUCACGUAUACGAUGAAACUUGAAAUAUAUCGAUUUGGUCAUAUCAAUAAAAAAGUCAAUAGCUUUUUAUUUAAUGCUCUCUCUAUCGGACUUUUUAAACAGGGAUCUCGUAGAUUUUCAUGUAAAUACAGCGACUGUAUAAUACAUCCGUGACAAAGUCAGGCAAACCGAACGACGAUUCUUCGCGACAGCUUCGUAUCGAUUGAGCAAUAAUAAUUAUUUAACGUAGACUUUUAGUAAUUUGCGUUUCCCUCGCGAAGUCUAGAGAGAAAGGAAAUGAUUUUGGCCAAUUUGAGCAGUGUGUUAUAAACAAUGAUCGAUUGUUUCGAUAUAAUCUAUUGUCAACACGAUGUAAAAAAUGUUGCUUACAGGACAAGAGAAGGACAGAAAGGAUGCAAUAAGUAUUUGCCGUACAUUGGUAUCAGGACAAGAUGCGUUCGCGAAUAAUAAAUGAGGAUUUUGAAUACGCGUUUUGGCACAAACGAUCAUCUUAAAUAUGUCAAAAACCAAAAAAAGAAAAUUACAUAAAUAAAAUACACACAAAGCACAUACCGAUAUGUUUGUCGUGAAGUUUGUCGUAUCUGAAUAUAUCGAUUGAUAUGUACGUAAAAUAUACACUGACACGCUCACAAAUGCAUAUUUGGAAUUGUUCGUCUGUUAUUCGCGCACGCGCGAAUACAUGUCUUGACCAACACUGUCGGACACACGCGUUGCUUCCUCCGGAUCAACUAGACAUAUCCUUUGCGCGCUAGAAAGAGACGCUUCGUAGGGAAUAAUCCGAUUUAAAAUUAAAUGCGUCGACGCGUAUCGUGUAUGCGUUUGUGUGACACGCUUAAUUUAGGAAGAACGACAAUAAUUCUGUUGAGGUUCUCGAAAAACAAAAGUAACAAUUUGAGAAACGUCGAUGACGACAAAAAAGAAAACAAAAAGAGGAGGAAGAACACCUGUACUCUAGACGGCGAUACGCAGCUGGACGAAACACCUGAAACAGACAGACGUCGGAAAUGCCUCUGACACUUGCUUCGUUUGUCUCAUCGUUUUUCUUUCGAAUUCUCAUCACAGAUGACAAUUUGUACCAUUAUAAUUUGCAUGUUUUCAUUGUACUCCACGUAUACGACGUUCUUCGUUGUCUCUUCGAGUCCAAGAGAGAUGUCUAAUCCAUUUCUAACGACAAUCUCAUAGUUUUUCUUUCCUCGAAAAGUACGUUGGAAUAUACUUGCCAUCACGUGAUAAACGUAUCCUGUGACAUCAAUUAUAUAUCGAAGGCAGCGGACUGAAAAGACCGGAUAAAGACACAGGCGGGAAGUAUUAGGUUUCCCCUCUCGCAGAAACUUUGAAGUCACCUUGAAGUGGGGAAAGGCGCUAAAGUUCAGACUGUGCAUGAAUUCGGUCUGCCGACGUAUAUACUGUUGUUGCUGUUGUAAGUCCUUCAAGCAGGCGAUAAUGCAUGGCUGAUAAAUGGAAACAUGCAGUUCUUCCGUGUACGACGGUAUUGCUUCGCUGUGAACGAUAUGCGUACACAUGUGUUGGUGUGUAUGUGUCAUAUAUAGGA